UUGUCUUGAGUAUGAGGAGCUAAUUUCGAAAUCAAAAGAAGUUAUGGAGACAAUUACAAUCAAUCAACAACAAGCUGAUAUGAUAGAAAAAGCUACACGAAAUCAAAGCAAGUCUCAGAUUUGGCAUCAAAUGCGAAUGGGGAGAAUAACUGCCAGCAACUUCCACAGGGCUUGUCGUACAAAUCCUGAAACACCAUCACUAAGCCUGGUCAAAGAUGUUUGUUAUGGUUCACAGUUUAAGUCUGAUGCAACAUCGUGGGGAAAGGCCAAUGAGAAGAGAGCCCUAAAUCAAUAUACACAAGUAAUGAAAGAAAAUCAUAGCAUCUUCUCAGUUAAAGAAUCUGGAUUUGUAAUUGAUCCAAAGUACCCUUUUCUUGGUGCAAGUCCAGAUGCAAUCAGUUACUGCAACUGCCAUGGUGAAGGAUGUGUUGAGAUUAAGUGCCCAUACAGUUUAAGAAACAAGACUAUCCAGCAUGGCAUAGUGAUGGAAAGAAUUUUUGUCUCACUAAGACACCAAAUGGUACCUUACAGAUGGACAGGAAACACCAAUAUUACUAUCAAGUCCAACUGCAAUUAG